AUGUCUCUUCCCGGCUUAGAGCUCACCCAGCCCUCCGAGGAGAGGCAAUAUGCUGUCGCCCCGCCAUCGCAGAUCGCCUUGAACCCAGGUUCGGAGUGGAGGUUUGAGGUAGCGUUCGGUCACAUCAUCAGAAUCAAGCUCCUCAACGGAACUGCCGAACUCUUCGGCACGGAACUCGCCGAAGCGCAAACGUACACAAUCACUGGCACCAAAGCUGCAAUCUAUACAUGGCAUGGUUGCGAAUUGGAAAUCACUGCCGGCGAGACUGCGACAACUACUACAGUGGAUGGAUCCACGUCCGCGGCGGGCCACGGCGCAGGCGGUUGUCAGAGCGAGUACACGUCCGAUGAUACACCCAUGAUGGAAUACGCCAAUCUACACUUUGCGUUAGAAGCAUUACGAGAGGAAUCACAAGGCUCCGGUAAGGACGGACCUCGUGUGUUGUUGUUGGGUCCUGACAACGCGGGCAAAACUAGCUUGUCCAAGAUCCUCACUGCGUAUGCGACAAAGGUUGGGGGGCAGCCGCUGGUUGUGAACCUAGAUCCGACUGAAGGCAUGCUUAGCGUCCCGGGUACAUUGACUGCGACGGCUUUCCGGACAAUGUUGGAUGUUGAGAAUGGCUGGGGCGACAGUCCCAUGUCUGGGCCUAGUCCUGUGCCUGUGAAACUGCCACUCGUCUACAGCUAUCCAUUGCCUAGUCCUCUCGACGCGGAAGGCUCAGUCUACCGGCCCAUUGUGUCGCGCCUGGCGCUUCAAGUCACAGAGCGUAUGGCCAAAGAUGAGGAUGUCCGUCGGACGGGAAUCAUUGUCGACACUCCGGGAAUACUCAGCUCUGGAAAGCCUGGCAGUCUCGAAUUGAUCAAUCAUAUUGUCACCGAAUUCGCUAUCACUACCAUCGUGGUGCUGGGCUCAGAGCGCUUGUACAGCAACAUGGUCAAGCAAUACGAUAACAAGCCCAGUGCAAGUGCUGCCGCUGCCGUUUUUGAUGAGCGCGUCGCCGUUGUGAAGCUAUCCAAGUCCGGAGGUUGCGUUGACCGCGAUGCAGCAUUUCUCAAAAAAACACGCGAGUCCCAGAUCCGAUCUUACUUCUUUGGCAAUUCAGCCCCCUCGAAUGCUCUAACGACUGCUAUUACAUUAUCUCCAUCUACACUGCAAGUCGACUUCGCAUCCUUAACAGUGUACAACUAUACUGUCAUCUCAACAGAAGACGAAGAUGAAGAUGACUAUGACCCCUCCCAGCUCAGUACCGGCGAUUCAUUCCUUCCUGGUGGGGGCGUUGAUGAUUAUUCCCAGCCCAAACAAGAACAAGACCGCGCUGCAACUCUUCCAGGCAUUGUCGGCCUUUCAUCCGACCAAAAUACAACCUCCAGCCAUUCAUAUUCCACCAGCAAUAUCCCAUUGAAACGACUUCUACCUCCUGCACCUAUGGCUCUCGAAAAUACCCUCAUUGCUAUCACCCAUGCCUCGACUACAGCUUCGCCUGCUGCUGUCCGUGACGCCAGUGUCAAGGGAUUUCUUUACGUCGCCAAUGUGGAUGUCGAGAAAGGAAAGAUCAUGCUGCUGUCACCUAUUCGAGGAACGAUACCUUCGCAAGCCAUGAUCUGGGCUAAGCGUUGGCCUGAUGAGGUUGUUGGACUGGUUGGUUGA